UAUAUUUUUUCGUACAGUAUAAUUAAAUUUUAUAUUUAUUUUUAUUUUUUAAAAAUCUUAAAAAUGUCUUAUCAAUUGUAUAGAAAUACAACUUUAGGAAACACUUUACAAGAAAGUCUGGAUGAAUUAAUUCAAUAUGGUCAAAUUACACCUGGAUUAGCAGUCAAAGUAUUAUUACAAUUUGAUAAAGCUAUAAAUCAAGCAUUAGCAACAAGAGUCAAAUCAAGACUUAGCUUUAGAGCUGGUAAAUUGAAUACAUAUAGAUUUUGUGAUAAUGUAUGGACAUUUAUGCUUAACGAUGUAGAAUUUAGAGAAGUACAAGAAGUUGCUAUUGUUGAUAAAGUUAAAAUAGUUGCAUGUGAUGGAAAGACUCUCGACACAGAUGUUGGCCCCAAGCGGUAAUAAAUAUGAAUGUUCUUUUGACUUGGUAUCUAAUUAGGAUAUUUUCGUGAAUAAAGGGUCAACUAUUUAUUUAUUUGUUUGUUUAAAUUCCAUUUAUUUGUGAUAGAACACUCAAUAAAAAAAAAA